CAGACAUUCAGCUCUUCUGAAGAGUUUCUGUUUAAUCCUGAUAUUGUUGGAAAUCAUGUAGACGAGAGGAUCAGACCUGAUCAGAAGCUCACACAAGACUCGAUUCAUCAAAACAGCUGAUUGUGUGUCUCAAUAACCCGUGACAUCCAGACAGCACGGUCACAGACACAGAGAUGACAUCGACCACACCUCAUUUUGGUCUUGGCUCCGCCCAUCAGAAAGUAUGUCACUCGCAGACGCAGACAGAUAUUUUAAAGCCUCUGAUGGCAGGAGUGGGACACGGGAGUCAGGCGAAGCGUCUGAGGCGGGUGUUAUCCAAAGAUGGGCGGAGCAAUGUGCACAUCGAACACGUAAGCGGGCGUGGAGCUCUGUACCUGCGUGACCCCUGGACCACCUUUGUAGAUAUGCAGUGGAGGUACAAGCUGGUCCUGUUCAGCGCCACAUUUGUGGGCACCUGGUUUACCUUCGGUCUGCUGUGGUACCUGCUGGCAUGGGUGCAUGGAGACCUGUUGGAGUUUAAUCCACCGGCCAAUCACAGCUUGUGUGUGAUGCAGAUGCAGACGCUCACCGGUGCAUUCCUCUUCUCGCUGGAGACGCAGACCACCAUAGGUUACGGCUUCCGCUGCAUUACUGAAGAAUGUCCAUCUGCGAUAGUCCUGCUCAUCAUUCAGCUCCUCAUCACCACCGCUAUGGAGAUCUUCAUCACAGGAACUUUCCUCGCCAAGGUGGCUCGACCUAAGAAGCGCGGUGGGACGAUAUGCUUCAGUCAGCAUGCUGUUGUAACCAAUCACAAUGGCCUGCCGUGCUUGAUGAUAAGAGUCGCCAACAUGCGUAAAAGUCUGCUGCUGGGCUGUCAGGUGACUGGAAAACUUUUACAGCCGUGUCUUCCUAAAGAAGGAGAAGCGGUGCGUUUGGAUCAGAGGAACGUGAAGUUCAGUGUGGACACAGCCAGUGAAAGUCCAUUCCUCAUCGUUCCUCUAACCUUUUACCACAUCAUAGAUGAUGACAGCCCACUGAAAACCUGGACAGCCAAGGGUGGUGGUUGGAUAGAUUCAGAUCUGAUGGACUUUGAGCUGCUGGUAAUGAUGAGUUCAACAAUAGAGCCAACGUCAGCCACCUGUCAGGUCCGGACCUCUUACCUGCCCGAUGAGAUUCUGUGGGGCUAUGAGUUUCAGCCCGUCGUCUCUCUUUCACCGAAGGGCAAAUACGUUGCAGACCUCACGUACUUUGACAAAAUGGUGAAAACCAAGACCUCCUCCUUUUUCAGUCAGUCCACAUCCAAAAGACCUGACGGUUACCAUGGAGACAUCAGAGAAACGGACCCGGAGAAGAUGCAACUGGAGCAAAGUUACAGAGAGAGAGCUGAUGAGAAACAGACAGACAGAGAGAAGAGUCCAGUUAGUGUGAAAAUCAGUAAUGUCUAACACACACACACACACACACACACACACACAUGCACACAUACAUGCACAAACACACACAUGCACGAACACACACGCACACGUGCAUGCACAGCAUAAGGGAAAUGAAAUCUCUAGGAAAUCAGAAUCAGUUCAUACAUUGAUUAUCUAGUUUAGCGGUUCUCAACUGGUUUCGCUUCAUAAGCUUUUACAAUGAAUUUUACAAUGUACAACAAACGUCAAUCAAACAGAGCACAAUUGAGCAAUUUGUUCAUCGUGCAAAAGUAAAAUCCAGAAGAACUGCUGCAUUCACAACAUAAUCAAUAUCAGAUCAUAUUUACACUCUAAAAAAUGCUGGGUUGUUUUCAAUCCAACAUUGGGUCAAAAAGGGACAAACAGAGCCUUUGGGUUAAAUUAUCCCAGAAAAUGUUGAUUUUUGACCCAACGAUGCACUGUCAGAAAUAAAGUACAAAACUGCACCUUUUCUGUUGCUGGGGUGAUACCUAAUGUUCUGUUUUGCAUCUUUACAGGUAUACAAAACAUAUUACAAUGUUGUACCUUUGGGUGCAUUACUGGAUUGUGUACCUUAACAUUUAACUCGUACACAAUAGGGGUAUAAUAUUGUACCAGAAAAGGUGUAAUUUCAAUGUUUAUAAAGGUACAAAAUGAACCUUUGAGGAUAUCACCCCAGUGACAGAAAAGGGAAAAAGCUUUGUACUUUUUAUCUUACAGUGUGAGUUAAAACAACCCAGCAUUUUGUGUUGAAACAAUCCAGCAUAAGUUUAAUUACUGUACAAUCUAACUGGUUGGGUUCGUCCUUUUUUGACCCAACGCUGGGUUGAAAAUAAAAAUGUACUCCUGCUGUCAUAGAGCAUUCAUCCUUAUUCUGUUGAACAUUUUAAACUUUAUGAAACUAGAAAAGGAAAUGUUGAAAAAUAAUUUUGGAGGCAUUGAUAUGAUAUACCGGUACUCUUUUAAAACAGCACUUUAACGAUUCGCUUAUGCACAGUUUUGAUAAGCUAAUAUGAACAUUUUAAAUGUGAAUAAAUGACCAGACCCAAAACAUGCAAUUGGACAUAGAGGUGCCCGAAUC